GUCGAAAAAGUUAAAAAGAUAAUUUUACCAUCUGGAUGAAAUCGUUCUACUUAGUAUCUGUUAUAAUAUUAAAUACUAUAAUAAUCACAACUGGUCUUAUGCUCAAACAAGAUAAAAGUGAGAAAAAACGUUACUUACUAGCUUCUCCUGGAGCUAUCAAUCCCAUCUUAUAGUUUUCUAUGGAAAAUUAUCAUUUUUCAGAGCUUUCAACAAACAGAUCAAUGGUUUACUAUAACAUAUGACUGUUAGAAAUGGUCGAAAGAAGAAAGAAAACACAUCUGGAAAUAAAAGAUUAGGUCAGGACUACACAUGUGUAAGGAUAGUUUAUCAAAGUAAUAGUGUCCCUGGCGUUCAUCAUCUCCGUAUCGAAUAUAAAAAUGUAUUCAUUCAAGAAUUGUAUUCAAAACAUACGACAGUCACACGUUAAAUCACUGUAAUUCAUCUUACAUAUUUUGUCAAAUAAACACAGUAAUUCAUCUUACAUUUAAAGCCAAAUAAAUUCCGAGCCGGUGGACAUAGUUGUUGACACAGGCUUCUCUCUGCCCUGAACGCAGCUCAGGCAUCACACUACAAACCUGUCACUGCGUGAUUGCGACAUUUCCGACCGCAUGUGAAGGCAGCAUCAGCUCCAUCCUGGAGGAGAGCAUCCAUAGUACAGCUGUGCAGAGGGCCGACACCACGUUGUCGUCGUCAGAAGUUAUAACUGUCCUGCUACUCUGGACCCUCGGGAAAUUUCGUAAACAACAACAACAACAGUCAUCAUGGCGGAGGCCCACCAGGCGGUGGCCUUCCAGUUCACGGUCACCCCGGAUGGCAUUGAUCUUCAUUUGUCACACCAGGCCUUCACGGAGAUCUACCUCUCUGGCGUGCGCUCCUGGAAGAAGCGUAUCAUCGGACUCAAGAACAGCGUGAUCACGGGGGUUUAUCCUGCGAGUCCGUCCUCCUGGCUGUUCGUGGUCAUAGCCAUCCUGGCUACUAUGUACACGCGCUCCGACCCCUCCAUGGGACUCAUAGCCAAGAUACAGGAGCACCUGCCAGUCAGCCAGUCUAUGAGUAACCAGUGCCAGACGUUGGUGUCAGCAGUGCUCUUCAGCACCAUGCUGUGGCUCCUGCUCAUCUUCACCAUGCGCCUGUGCCUCAAGCAGCUUCUCUCCUACCACCGCUGGAUGUUUGAGAAGCACGGCAAGAUGUCCACCACCACCAAAGUCUGGGUGGCGCUGGUGCGGAUCUUCUCUGGCAGGAAGCCUCUGCUCUACAGCUACCAGGGUUCGCUGCCAAACCUGCCUGUGCCGGCCACCAAGGACACAGUCAAAAGGCACUUGGAAUCCGUGCGUCCGCUCAUGGACGAUACAGAGUACGAACGCAUGACCAAGCUGUCAGCGGAGUUUGAGAGCAGCCUCGGUAAACGCCUGCAGUGGUACCUCAAACUCAAAGCCCUGUGGGCCACCAACUACGUCAGUGACUGGUGGGAGGAAUACGUCUAUCUACGAGGGCGGAGCCCAAUAAUGGUCAACAGUAACUAUUACGGCAUGGACUUCAUGUAUGUGACGCCCACACCCAUCCAGGCGGCCCGGGCAGGCAACAGCCUUCACGCAUACUUCCUAUACCGCCGCAAACUCAACAAAGAAGAGCUUAAACCUACCCGCAUUCCCGGCACUGUCAUUCCUCUGUGUUCAGCUCAGUGUGAGAGGGUAUUCAACACCACACGCAUUCCUGGAGAGGAGACCGACACUGUGCAGCAUUGGCAGGACAGUGACUACUUAGCGGUAUACCACAGGGGUCGCUACUUCCGUCUCAGGAUGUACCAUGCAGGCAGACUCCUGUCGCCCAGGGAGAUUGAAUCCCAAAUUCAGAAGAUCCUGGAUGACCCGUCACCUCCCUCCAAAGGAGAGGCCAAACUGGGGGCCCUGACCGCUGGAGACAGAAUUCCAUGGGCUAAAGCCAGGGUGAAGUAUUUCAGCAGUGGGGUCAAUAAACGGUCUCUGGACUACAUCGAGAAAGCCGCCUUCUUUGUGAGCCUGGAUGAUGAGGAGCAGGGCGGGAUGGCAGAUGACCCGACUAGCUUAGAUUCAUACGCCAAAUCCCUGUUGCACGGGAAAUGUUACGACAGGUGGUUUGACAAGUCCUUCACCGUUGUCUACUUCAAGAAUGGAAAGAUGGGCUUAAAUGGAGAGCACUCCUGGGCUGAUGCACCAGUGUUAUCACACGCCUGGCAGUACGUCUUGUCCAUGGACUGUUUCCAGCUCGGUUACAAUGCAGAGGGUCACUGCAAGGGAGAAGUGGAUUCAUCACUACCCGGGCCACAGAAGCUGAACUGGGAAAUCCCUCCAGAAUGUGAGGAGCAGAUCUCCGGGUCUCUGGCAGUGGCCCAGGCCCUGGCUGACGAUGUGGACGUCCACGUUUUCGCCUUUGAAGAAUUUGGCAAAGGAAAGAUCAAAAGGUGUCGAGUCAGCCCAGAUGCCUUCAUACAGCUGGCUCUUCAGUUGGCCCACUACAGGGACCAGGGGAGAUUCUGUUUGACGUACGAAUCCUCCAUGACCCGUCUGUUCAAGGAGGGCAGGACCGAGACGGUUCGCUCCUGUACCAAUGAGAGCAGUGCCUUCGUCCGAGCGCUGGAAGGUGGAGAGGCAGCAGAUGUGUGCAGGCGUUUGUUCCAGGAAGCAUCAGAAAAGCACCAGCAUCUAUACCGCAUGGCUAUGACUGGAGCUGGCAUCGACAGACACCUCUUCUGUCUCUACGUGGUAUCUAAAUACCUCAGAGUGGAGUCUCCUUUCUUGAAAGAGGUGCUAUCUGAGCCCUGGCGGCUGUCCACGAGUCAGACUCCAAUGCACGUGGAGAUGUUUGACAUGGUCAACUACCCAGAGUACGUCUCCUGUGGAGGGGGCUUUGGACCGGUGGCUGAUGACGGUUAUGGGGUGUGCUACUGCGCUUUGGGAGAGAACAUGUUAAACUUCCACAUCACAUGCAAGCACUCAUGUCCAGACACUGGUGCCAAUAAAUUUGGUGCUCAGAUUAGAAAAGCUCUGCGCGACCUGCUACAGCUGCUGUGCCCCAACCAAACCCAGGUCGGGAAGACAGAAGUGAUGCGGCCAGAAGUCAAGAAAGACCUGUAGGCGCUUACUCGGGGCUAAGAGACGCUGAAGGGAAGCAUAAAUGUUACACGAUGAAUUGAGGACAGACAGUUUUGUUUUCCCUCAUGCAUUGGGAGAUUUCUUUUUUUAGCCAGCCAGAUGAAGGGAAAACUAAAAAAAUGGAGGUGAUGUUUUAACCGAUAUGUAUCUGAAUUUGUGUGUGUGUGUGUAUUACCUGUGUGAUAGGUGUGUGAGAAGGAAAGAGGUGGGAUUCAAGUACACUGCUUCUUAUUGGUUUAGCUUUAACAGACAAACCAUUGGUACGUUUUUAUCAAGACAUAUUAUAGAUUAUUAUUAAAAGGCCAGUAUGAAUUGCACCACUCAAAGUUAGGGAAGAAAUUCCUAAUACUCUACUUUAUUACAGGGAUUAAUUUGAUAUACAUUCAAGUGCAGUACGUUCUGACACCAUUAAAUGUGCCACACGUUUUGUGCCACUGAUUUUCUGUUGUUGAAUUUGUUUGGAAAAUGUUUUUGGGAGCGCGUGACGCAUCUUGAGUCUUGGCACAUUAGCGCAGAGAGAAAACACGGAGGGCUGUUGAGGUGAUUUCAUUUUCUUCCAUCUGAAUGCAACAUCGCUGUGACAGUGACCCCACACAUUUUGAACUGUUGGAAGUCUGGGACUUCUUAUUGUUUACUCGUUAUGUAUAAAUCUGCUUUCUACAAAAACACAUGAUUGUAAUACUGUGCUGAGAGUGCUGUUUAUACAUGUAGUGAAAUGACAUGGCUCUUAAAAUUCAUAGGUUGGCAUUACUGUUUGACUAGUGUUAUAUUCAGGGCCAGCUCACCCAGGAAAUACCUUUAUGUUUUCAAACAUAUUCAAAAUGUACAUACAAAUAAUGUAGCUCAAUUGUCCUUUCAGUGGUCAGUAUUUCAAACUUACCGAGUUGAAGCUGUGCUGUAAUGAACUCCAGAUAUUUCACUGCCAUCUACACAUCUGUUUUGUAAUUAUUUUCAUCACUGUAUUAUUAAACAAGCACCAUAACAAUGCAAGCUAUAUUCGUGAAUACCAUAUGCAGGUGUUUGUUUAGUCUUGAGCAGAGCUGCCGGUCACAUGUGGAUUACAUGUGGAGUGAAGCCGUCUGAUUCAAAGAAAGUUGUGUACCAGUGACACGGGUUCCUCAGUUAUUCUUCAUCGAUUACUGCCUCUUCUUUUUCAGUUGAGCUUGUGUCGUAGUAUUACUAUCAGCCUUUGUAAUGCAAUAUCACAGCAGAAAAUAAAGGACUUCUUAAAGAAAAAA